AUGGCCGACACAGAACUCUACACCCCAUCUCCAUCCUCCUCUCCCUCUCUAGCACCAAUUGACUCGUCUCCGCCGUCGUCUCCCAGUCCUCUCGCGCUGUGCACACCCCCAGCAUCACCCGGUGCCAAGGACCCCUUCGCAGGGUCGACCAAAUCCAGCAAGCGUCCGCGUAUCUACGCAAGAGAUGACACGAGGAGGCGAGCUGCGAACAUCCAGCCAUACAUCCCAGGUCAAGAUAAGCUGGUCGACGCGGGGGACGCGCUCUCGCGAGACCUCAGUACAGAAAACGCGACCCCAACACGCGUCGUUGACCCGUUUUCGGGUUCAGCAAAGCGUACAUGGAGGCCCCCGACACACGAGAAGAAGGAUGGACGCGUCUUGUCCACAGAUAGUGCUUUUAGCGCGUCGUCUUCAACCUCAUACCCGUACGGGACGAGGAGAGGGACCUCUCCGACUCCGAUCGGCGUAGGGGUCGCAAUGUCGCUCGAUGAUCUAGACGACGAUCUGGUGCUCACCGAUGAUGAGUUUGACGAACCUAAGGCGAAGCUUCCGCGAGAAACAAAUGAAGAAGUCGAGCACAGGGCGUGGGACGAGGCGAUCACUGCUGCCAUCGACAAGCUUAGUGGGAUCAUUGACCUAGCGGGGACGAGCUUGCGCAAGGGUCCCAUCUCGCAUAUUCCUCCAACGAUUGCGGACCUCGAAGGCUUCGUCGUCCUCCCUCCAACCCAAGCCCCGUCUAGCGCGCCAUCGUCACCGAAACAUUCCCCCAAACUCCUGCCGUUACUCGCGUCGUCUUCAGAUUAUGCCUCCUCAUCUCGGCCGUUCACUCGGGCUACAACUCUUCCGGCCGCAGCGUUCAACGACAAUUUCUUUCUGAGAUCUAAAGAUGGCGAACGGCUCAGGGGAACACCCGCCGCUCGCGCCGCGUCCCUACAGUCUGUUCCUCUACCUGCCUCAAGCCCUCUUCGACGACGCGAAAUUCAGUUAUUCCUUGCCAACAACACUAUCACCCACCUACCCGCCGAAUUGUUUCGCGUUUCCUCGCUGACUGUACUCAGUUUACGAUCAAAUGCACUCACGACUAUCCCGCCCCAAAUCGUGCAUCUCACAUCGUUGAAAGAGCUCAAUGUCGCGCAAAACAAGCUUCGCUGGCUCCCAGUGGAGAUGCUUAGCAUGCACUUGACCAAACUCACGGUAGCUGGGAAUCCUUGGAUUCCUCCGCCACUGUCGAACCCCGUCCCAUCGCAACCGUCGACCGCCGAUAGCGAGCCCAUAUCACGACGUCCCAGGCCAGUUUCGGAGACGGCGGUGCACUACGCCGUACCCCCGCUAACGGAGCUGUGCUUCCGUACUCUCUUUGCUCCAUAUCACCCUCAUCCGCCAUCAUUCUACGUGCAGACUCCGUCCCAUGUCCCUCCAGUGCAUUCUCCGUCCUCCUCCAGUAUCCCACAUUCUAGUUCCGCCCUCGCACUCCUACCAUCCGGACCAUCUACCGACCCUGUCCCCACUACAAACCCGCCUCCACGCACACUUACGGUCCUCGAGGCCGAAUACGCUCUACCUCUCACCGAAGACCUCGGACUCGGGCCGUCCGUCCUCGCUACUUUCCGCACUUGCGUACCCGCCGCCGUCGCGAAGCCCACCGCGGCCGCGCAGUUUCCCGGUCCGUCUAAAGUCCGACGCGACGAGGGCCAACGGGACGUUCAUUCUCAGGCCCCCGAAGACGUCUUCGGAGGGACGCGCACACACCGCGCAUCCUCCCCACCAGCACGCCGGCACGACGAGGAUGAGCACGCGAUCAGCGUCUGCCUCUCCCCAGCACAUAUUGGACAGACGCACGCCCCAGUGUUCGUACGCGCCGCGGAGGAGCGCUUUACAUGGGAAGAGGACAUCGCCGGGGUGCGCGUUGGCGGGGACGGCGUUGGGGGCGUCGGCGUCCCCGUGCGAUGGCGCGGGUGUGGGCACGACUGUCUGGCUUUCUUGGAUCCAGAGCCGCAGCCGGCGCCGGCGCCCACUGCGACGCCGUCCGCGGGGGAUGUUGAAGACAUCGACAUCCCGCUCGAUACGGACGGAGACGUGGAGAUGAGCGAGGACGGGAGCGAGGUGGAUAUGCAGGAGGUGCGCUUCGACGGCGGGCUGGCCGACCCAGAGGACUUCGAGGAAGGGUUCUAGCGCUGUCCUCCCGUGUUUGGGGGCUGGCAUUCUGGGUGUGUUUCUUGACGGAUCUAUGCUCACAUUUGUAUACUAUCACGAGAAUCCAAC